AUGCAGCACAUGUCUUUGAGGGAGACGGAGGGCACCGUUCGUGGGGUACUUGAAACCUUCUCUGACGCAUUGGCUCGCGACGCCCAGGCGUUGGUGUAUGGCUGCGGAGAGGUUGUCCAAAUGCCGGCAGAGGCAAGUGCAAUUAUGCAGCGACAGCCACCAUCUGAGCCUACAGCUGCGACUGCAGCAGAGGCCUCAGCCUCGGCGUGGUCAUGGGAGAAAAUUCCCCGCCCCACGCCGCUCCUGUACUUUGCUGCGGUGUCGAAACUGAAUAGUCUUCAGCACUCAACAAAAGUGCAAGCGACGGGUGACGAGCGCAACGAGAGGGCGAUGGCUGAGCGAGUACUUCUUCUUCUGCGGGUGAUUUGUAUAUACUGCUUCGCCACGGCGCGGCCAGUGACAGGACCCUCUGGCGACGUGCCUUCGCAGGGGAGCAGCGGCCGCACCACGCCGCUGACGCGCCCCGCACGCCGUCCAGAUCCCGCUAACAACCACCCCAACACGGAGAGUGAGAAUCCAGACGUGGAAACGCGGAUGGCGGAAGAAACGUUUCGCGUUGCAGUGGACGCAGUGGUGCGGUUCUCCAUAUACGGUGCCGCACGAUGUGGAAAAGGUGGCACCGUGUCGUUAAAGGACUCUGCCAAGCCUGUAGAACUUUGUACAGAAGUGAGUAUAGCGGCGCUGUGUCUGUUGACGGCAGCACUCAUGCGCUUUCGCAAUGCACCGUUUAAUGCCAUGCGGUAUUUGCCGGCGCUGUUUCCGGAGAUUGAUGCGAGGGAUUCGCGUGUCACUCAUCCUCUUUUUACCCCGCUGCUGUGGAGCCCUGAGGAGCGAGUCCGCGCCGCCGCCGCCGCCCUUGUGUCUUCUCUUCUACACAAGCUGCAACAUAACUUUAAAUACGCAGAGGAGCCACAGCAGAAGCGGAAGUCAUUCUCGUCUUUGGCCUCUCAGAGUGGUCGGGCACUCGCAUCUCUCCACGACGUACUUUUAUAUUCCCUGCAGUUGCCGAAUGUGUCCCCCGCGACUGCCGGCGCUGCUACUCACUUCUCCAAGGGCCUUGUGUUUUCUACCUUUGCGGUACUUGUGGCAACGACCCCGUACCGCCGUUGCCCUCACGCCCUUGAGGUUGUACAGCAAGCUCUUGAACUUCCACUGGUGCGGGAUGCCCUUUUGGAUGCAUCCUGCGAGGAAUUUGCGGCGGCAGCGACGUUUCUCAGUUCCGUGUUCAAGGCGGAGUCCCUCACCAGCGUGGUGUCGUCGUACCUCGCCAACGAAGGCGGUGAGGCUAGCGCCACAAGCAAGGUGCCAAGGGAUCCUCCGCUGGAGUGGCGUGUUGGCGGAGGGGCGUUGCUGCUUAAGGCACUGCUAACACAUGCGGCAAGUCGUGUUGAGGUUUGGCGGUGCGUGGUGCAACUCUCCCGUAUUCACCCAUGGAUUGUGGGGACGCAUUUUGCGAUUCUGAUGGAUGCGGCUUGCGCUGUGCUCGGUGCCACGCUACAAAAGAUGGAAGAAGAAAAAGAAAACACUGCUGCGAACGGUAAUGUAGCUGUGGGAAAUACUUUGGGGGAAUGUCUACGGGCUUGGCUACAUUUUAUGGGUUAUGUAUGGCAGUCCUUUGAUGGUCACUCCGCGGAUCCGGCACUUCGGGAGGAUUACGUGGCAUAUCGUGCAACUCAGCUGCAGAAGCAGCAGAUCCUGACAGAACUCGUAUUACCUGCUCUUCAGAUGACGUCUAACGGAGGUCGAUACACCGAAGCCUGGCGGACUGCGUUGCGGUGUGUGGCGCAGGUGGGUGACGACUACUUCUCCGCCAUGCCGAGAACACGUCGUGAGGCGAUUGUUGCGCAGGUAAUUGGUAGUACAACAGCACAUGAGAGUAGUGUGCGGUCUGAGGCGUUCACAACGAUAGGUGUAUGGGCGUGGCAGUACAGUGCAUUUGAGGAAUGGCUAACGGGCUUUGUUGAACGUGCUGCAAGUGCAUUGUGCAACGAUGCAGAGCCCACAGUGCGUUUCAAGGCGGCCUUUGCCCUCUCGAACAUUACCUCCCGUCUGAGGGAGGAAACGGAGCUCAGCCCGCUGCGGCAAUCCCCACAUCACAUGCAGCUGCUUUGCGAUGUUGCCAUGUACGCUACACAGGUUUGCGAUGACCCAGCAGUUGUAGGACAUGGCAUCCGCAUGAUGAGUCAUCUGUUGCAUAGUCUCAGUUUUGAGGAACUCAUUGCCGAGUUACCCGAGGAGCAGGAGUGUGUGGCAGAGGGAUAUCUUAACGCCUUACUCCGGUUUCUGCUGCCGUCAAACCGUGACGCCAAACUACGCUGGAACACUGCAUGUGCCCUUGGACUUGGUCUUUCGCGGGAGGUGGUCUUUGAGGCGGAGCCACCUGCGGCGACACGGGCCGUGGAGCGACUAUGUGUUAUUGUGUGCCACGACCGCAUCUUCAAGGUGCGCACGCAGGCGGCUGUGGCACUUGCAAAGGUGCCGAUGACAUGUCUUUCGGCGGGGCGCUACACCGCAGAGGAUCUUGCCCCAAAGGUGACGCGGGCUCUUUGUGAGGCCCUGCAGGCGUCGGGUGGUUCCACCGAGAACUUUGCACAGUACAAGGAGCAGGAUGCUCUGUGUGCGGCACUGCGGCAGGCGCUUGGAGUGAUGAUCACCAGUGCCUCCCCAAGCGCCAUGCUGCAGCGCGUCUUUGGCGAAUACCGUGUAAUGUUGGAGGCGGAAGGACUCUUGUAG